AUGGCGGCGGCUGGCCAUGUGCAGGCACUUUUGUCGCCGUCCACCUGGCCGACCAGCGUGUAUGCUCUUCUGUUCACGUUGCUGGUUUACGGAAUAUCUGAGCUGGCCCGCCGGGCCCCCUUCCCUUCCAAAGCUCCGCGUCUGGUCGACUCAAUUCCGAUACUCGGUGCUCUACGCUUCUUCACUGCCCGCGGCCAGUUUCUAAGCCAGUCUCGCGACAUAUCCCCUUCGGGGCAAUACUCUUUCUAUGCCGGAAAAAAACAGAUCAUCGGUCUGUCUGGGCCUGACGGCCGGCGCACGUUCUUCGAAAGCCGCGAGCUCAACUUCCCUGCUGGCUAUGCCGUCCUGUUCAGUGCGCAGCCAGCGGUGAAGGCCGGCGACCCGUUUUACGGAGAUGGCGCCAGUGCGAAACUGCUGCGUUUCAUGAACAAGCUCCUGAGGCGCGAGUUCCUCGGCCAGCGUGUACCCAUGUACGCCAGCGACGCCCGCGAAGCGAUGGAAAGCAUCGUCAAAAGGGGGAGUAGUAGCGGCGCUACUGCUGCUGCUUCUGUCGUCAUGGACCCUUUCGAGGAUAUGUACCGUCUCGUGUAUCGGCUGACCAUGCGCACGGUCGGCUGCGACGAGAUCGCCACCGAUCUGGACCAGCUGCGCACCACGCUCUCCCUCUUCGAAGCCAUCGAUUCGGGGGCUACCGCGUCCAGGAUCAUCUUCCCCUGGCUCCCCACCCUGGGCCAGGCCCGGCAGCUGUGGAGCGGCUAUCGCAUGUAUCGCAUCCUGGAGGGCAUCGUCGCCGACCGACGCCGCACCGGUCGCAGGGGCAACGACGGGCUGCAGGAGCUCCUCGACCAGGACACGGAUAUGUUCGGCAUCGUCGAAUCGAUCAUAGCGUCCCUGUUCGCCGGUCUCGUCAACAGCGGGAUCAACGCCGCCUGGAUGCUGUGUUUCCUCGCCCACGACCGCAAGCUUUCUCUCGGUGGUGGUGGUGGUGGUGGUGGUGGCGGCGGCUCGGGAUGGUACGACCGCGUUCGACGCGAAGUGGACGCCGUCGUCGCACGCCACCGGGUGUCGGACGACGAGACGCCCGCAGACGCGCUGGCGCGACUCACGCUCGCCGACUGGGAGGCCGAGUUCCCGUCCAUCGACCUGGCCCUGCGCGAGACCAUCCGCUUCACCAUCACCGGCUGCGGGUUCCGCCAGAACCUGAGCAACGAGGACGUGCCCAUCGGCGACUCGGGCGAGGUUAUCCCCCGGGGCGCCUUCGCGGUGUAUCACUUUGAUGACGUGUUGAUGAACUCCAAGUAUUACCCGGAGCCGGAGCGGUGGGAUCCCGGCCGGUACUUGCCGGGUCGCGCGGAUGACAAGAAUGCCGGCACGCAUGGAUACAUCGGAUGGGGCUCGGGACGACACCCGUGUCUCGGCAUGAAGUUUGCCAAGAUGGAAAUGGCCAUCACGACGGCGAUGUUCGUUGCCUGCUUCGAUUUCGAGCUGUGCGACGAAAACGUACGACAUAUGACCUCGCUGGCUGGAUUAAUUGAUCGAAAUAAGCAUUCAGCAAGCAAACCAGACAAGAAGAUGUAUUUGAAGGCGACUCCCAGGAUGUGA